AUGAAAGAACACACUCAAACUCGAGGCCCUUUCGAUGUCACGAAUGCGGCAAAGGAUUUGGACGCCAGGACGUUCUCGGGAGGCAUGAACUUUUCACCAAAUCUUAAUGUCGAAGCUCUACAAGAGUACACAGAGUCGAGAACGGCUCGCCACUCAGCCGGCACCACUGCAUUUUCUACUGGCGAUGUCGCUACCCACAAUACAUUCCAUGACUCCGACGAUCUGCUGAACUGGUUGCUACCAGAGCUAAGCGACAGUCCCGUUGUUCCCCUGCCUCUGGCCGAUUGGUCUGGACUUGAAACACCAUCUGAAACAUUACUGGAGUAUCCCACUGUGGAUGAUCGACUGCACCCGCGACCCGAGAUCGGCAGUAUCCAGCAGGUGUUCAAAUUGAUACAUGAUACCUCGAAGCGAUUGAGUUCUGACUAUGAUGGCAAAGGGAUCACUGUCGACUUCCUUGAUGCUUGUUUACACGAGUACUUUGAACGUAUAGCCCCGUCUUUCCCCGUGAUUCACGAGCCAACAUUCUCGUCUCAAAAAGCUAUCCCGCCCCUCCUUCUCAAUAUGGUUGCCUUGGGGUCAUUGUUUGUAUGCAUGCCCAAUGCGAUGGCCAAAGGGGAACUGCUCUGGAGGCUUGGACAUACUGCGGUGGCAACGUCAUGGCAGACUCUCAUCGGUCUACGGGGGCCGCAUGAUAGAUGUGAAGGGGUGCAGCUGGUACUGACGGCGUUGCUCGGUCAAACAUACGCUUUAGCCUCGUCCAACCCGGAUAUCAGAUCCACCGCAUUUAUAUUCCAUGGACUGGGCUUUUACUGGGCAAGAACACGCGGAAUGUUUUCGCUCGACGAGAGACCUUUGUCAAUGCCAGAGGACGAUGCACCACCGCAGGAAAAGCAGGUUGCGUGGGAGAGGUGGGCCGCAUCAGAAGUCCAACGCCGUGCGGUGCUUGGACAUUAUAUCUUGGAUGGCUUUAUAUCGCAGGCAUCAGGCUGUCCGGCCAGUGUUCGGCAUCUCGUCAACAGGAUAGGGGCUGCGUGUUCGGAUGAGGCAUUUGCUGCGCGAUCCGCAGACAACUGGGUCGUAGCAAUGUCAAGAGCAGAUAUGGCGCAGCUAUCCAUGGCCGCCAUCUAUACACGGAUUUUCCAAUCGGAGUCUCCCAACGGAUUAGCCAAGAUAUCUCCGUUCUGUGUCUCUGUGAUACUCGAGGGGCUUCUCUCACUGAUCUCCGACACAGAAGUAGACGAGUCGUCAUUUGGCCUGAUCUCACGACUGGAAAUUGUCCAGGCAUUACUCAAUGUCUACCAGACAUAUACCCUACCUGCAAUGUCCUCCGGCACGGCAAAUGCGUAUAAUAUCAUGAUCCGGUGGCAUACAGUCUGUAUAGAAAUUGCCGCCCCACUGACACCACUAUACAAUGCAUUGCGUGGGACAUUUGAAAUACCGAAUCAGCUGGCAGGCGUCCCAGCAACAUCCUCAGCCAGACCGCUUCAUCUCGCAGAAUGGGCCAGAGGAACAGAUGCUAUUCGAGCCCUUCUGCACGCAACAGCCAUUAUUCGGCUCCUCCGGACUAUUCCUCUUCACCAGACCAAUGCCGUGCACAUACCGACAGCGAUAUUUCAGGCCGCAUUGGUCCUCUGCAGUCUUCCUUUGCAUGGUACCAACGUACUUGAGAUUCCCGAGGCUCCUCCGUGGCGUGAUGUAUGGGACGAAUCUCGCGUUGAGAAGCCGAUGACCGCGUUCGAACUUUUGUACAAACUACAAUGCGCUGAAUCGAUGACUUGUGUGAAUCUUUCAUUGGGAGGCGUCGACAUGAAGGCCAUUUUCACCCUUCUAACGGCCCUGGCCGUAACCACGGCGACUCCUCUCGACCUGUCUAUCCGAGCCCUCCCCAACGCCCCUGAUGGCUAUACUCCGGCGAACGUGUCCUGUCCAGCUACACGACCCAGCAUUCGGGGUGCAGGAUCGCUUUCUCCGAACGAAACUGCCUGGCUCGAGAUCCGUCGCAACAACACCGUCCAGCCUAUGAAGGACCUGCUAGGGCGGCUCAACCUCACCUCUUUCGAUGCCGCGAGCUACAUCGACCGCGUGUCGAGUAAUGCAUCCAACCUGCCGAAUAUCGCGAUCGCUGUUUCGGGGGGUGGAUACCGGGCUCUGACCAAUGGAGCUGGAGCUAUAAAGGCCUUUGACAACCGAACAAAAGGCUCGACGGCAUCUGGACAGCUCGGGGGUCUACUGCAGGCGGCAACAUAUGUAUCCGGACUGAGCGGAGGAGGAUGGCUGGUGGGCUCUGUGUAUGUGAACAACUUCACAACCAUCUCAGACCUCCAAUCUGGAGACAAUGGCGACGUAUGGCAGUUUUCCACGUCUAUCCUGGAAGGCCCUAAGGCCAAACACCUGCAGUUCCUGUCCACGGCCGACUACUGGAAGAACCUGCUCGAAGCAGUCGACGGUAAAAGCAACGCGGGCUUCAACACCUCGCUAACGGACUACUGGGGCCGCGCUCUGUCCUACCAAUUCAUCAACGAUCCGACCGGCAACGGCGGGCCAAACUACACCUGGUCGUCCAUCGCGUUGACCAACUCCUUCCAGCGCGGCGAGAUGCCGCUCCCCAUCCUGGUCGCGGACGGCCGGAACCCGGGCGAGCUGCUGAUCGGCAGCAACUCGACCGUCUACGAGUUCAACCCAUGGGAGUUUGGCUCGUUUGAUCCCUCUAUCUUCGGCUUUGCGCCGCUCGAGUAUCUCGGCUCGCGCUUCGACAACGGCCAGCUCCCCAGCGGCGAAUCCUGCGUGCGCGGUUUUGAUAAUGCAGGCUUCGUCAUGGGCACCUCCUCCUCGCUCUUCAACCAGUUCAUCCUGCGGCUCAACACGACCGACCUCCCGGACCUGGUCAAGGAGGCCUUCUCCAAGAUCCUCACCGCACUGGGCCAAGACGGCGACGACAUCGCCGUGUACGGCCCCAACCCGUUCUACGGGUAUCGCAAUUCCACGGCAUCAUACUCGCAGAGCCGCGAGCUCGAUGUCGUCGACGGCGGCGAGGACGGCCAGAAUAUCCCCCUGCACCCGCUCAUCCAGCCUACCCGCCACGUCGACGUGAUCUUCGCGGUUGACUCCUCAGCCGACACGGAGUACAACUGGCCGAACGGGUCGUCGCUAGUCGCGACCUACGAGCGAAGUCUGAAUAGCUCGGGAAUCGGCAACGGGACGGUCUUCCCUGCUGUGCCGGACGUGAACACCUUCAUCAACCUGGGGUUGAACACUCGACCUACCUUCUUCGGGUGCGAUCCCGCGAAUCUGUCGGCGCCGGCGCCGUUGGUGGUUUACCUGCCCAAUGCGCCAUACAGCGCGCAGAGCAACACGUCGACCUUCCAGCUGUCGUACUCGGAUUCCCAGCGGGAUGAGAUCAUCACGAAUGGGUAUAACGUGGUGACGCGGGGGAAUGGAACCGCCGACAAGUCCUGGCCGAGCUGUGUUGGGUGUGCCAUUCUACAGCGGUCGCUGUAUCGGACGAAUACAUCUAUGCCGGAGGUGUGCAACAGUUGCUUCAAGGAGUAUUGUUGGAACGGAACAGUGGAUAGCUCAACUCCUGGGACAUAUGAACCGAGCCAGGUGUUGGGGAGUAAGUCUACUUCUGCAGCAGACAGGACAGCAUACAGGGAAGGAUUGAACUGGCUGGUAGGCGGGUUUGCGGUGGGGUUGGGAAUGUGGAUGGCAGUUUAA